UUCAAGUGCGUCUUCAAGAGAACAUUCACACACGAAUCAUGUUCUGCAGAGUGUGCCUUCUGCUGGUCGCCCUGGUGGCCGGUUCAGCAACAGCUGCACCAGGAAUCAUAGCAGCAGCUCCGGUGGCCUACGCCCCAGCGCCAGCCGUGGUUACCGCCCACAGUUCACAAGUGUUCGCUCAGCGCUUCAACGCACUCGCUGCUCCGCUGGUAGCAGCUGCAUACACGGCCCCUGCUUACGCUGCGUAUGCGCCUGCGCAGAUUCUCCUCAAAUACGGCUCACAGAAAUUUCUCUCCCUCCUUGAAAUUCUGGUUGGGCAGAGCCCACCCGCCAUACCUGUAUAUAACGCUCUCCCUUUGUUCCACAUGCCACACACACAAGCCGAAGCGCAGCACAUCACAAGAGCCAUGUACUCAUCCAGCAUGAUCUCCGUCCUUGCCAUAGUUCUUGCAGUGACCGCUCACAGCGCUGUGGGCGCGCCAGGAGUAGCGGCCCCAGUAGCUUACGCAGCUGCUCCAGCAGCCGUGGCAGCAUAUGCGCGCGCAGUUCCCUACAACAUCCCUCCCUUUGCAGCAGCUCUAAAUGUACAGACAAGAGGCCUGGCUGCGCCCCUACUUGCUCCUGCAGCUUAUGCAGCUGGUCCUGUAGUGGCUCCUUAUGCAGCUGGUCCUGUAGUUUCUCCUUAUGCAGCUAGUCCUGUAGUAGCUCCAGCAGCUUAUGCUGCAGCCCCUGUUGGUCCCAUUGCUGCUCCCGUCGUGGCCCCUGCAGCUUAUGCAGCUGCUCCUGCAGGAAUUGCGCCUGCGUACGCGGUUCACCCCCCGUCAGCUUUGGCCGCCAGGGUAGCUGCAAUUCCAGCCCUCGUAUAA